AUAGGCUUAAAAAAAAUCUUAACGCACGUCUUCUUCCGGCGCAGAAAUGUGACGUAAACGGCGCAAAUAUACAAGGGAGGUGUUUGUACUAAGUUGAGACGCUUGAGCAAAAAGAGACGAUGCACAACUGGCAGGAGAACGAGAUCAAAGAACUGCUGACGAUCCGGGGCUCGGAGGCGAUCCGUAACCAGAUCACGGGCACGGUGAAGGACUCGGUAGUUUACAACCGGGUGACCAAACUGCUGGCGGAGCGGGGGGUGUACAGGUCACACAUGCAGGUGAUCAGCAAACUGAAGGCGCUCAAGAAGCAGUACAGCAAGUACCACCAGCAGAAGAUCCGCAGCGGCAGCGACCGCGUCGACUGGCCCUUUUACGACCUGUGCCACCGGGUGUUCGGGUACGUACCCGUGGUGAACCCGGUGAAACGGCACAGGAGUCCCACACCUCCACGUGCGACCACACCGCCGCCUCCGCUGCCGCCGCCGGUCAUCAGCGACGAGCAUCAUGAGGUUGUAGUCGGGCUGUGGGACGAUGUGGAUGACAAGGAGCUUGACAAGCACCUGGGUCCAGUGGAGCCAGACGACGAGGAGGAGCAGUACAGCCCGUCGGACCAGCUACAAGCCAUCAACGCCAACCAUCAAAGUGAGCGUCCUUGGAGCAGACCCAGAGACCAGUCAGAGUACACAGUUCCACCAAAGAGAAAGAAAAGGACAGUGAUGGACCAAGUCUCUUCGUUAGUGUCAGCGACAGUCACCCAGCUCAGAGAGAUGGACGCUUCCAUGCAGGCGCAGGAGGACGCCCGGCUACAGAGGCUGAUGGACCACGAGAGGGAAAUGCAGAACAGUUUAAUGAGCCAGCUGGUGGCCAUGCACGAAAGGAUCAGCCGAGAAAACCACGAGAGACACGUUGAACUCGUGGACAGGAUACUUUCUAGGUUCCCUUCAACAUCAGCACCCUCAGGUCACUGACUGACACUUUCUGUGUGAGUGAAGACAGCAUACACCGGGGUUAUUUAGGUGUAGUCUCUCUCCUCCACCAGCUGACUCGUGCCUAAGCCCACAUUACUUUAAUUUUUCAACAAUGUAAGGAAAACUGAGAUCAUCUUGCCUUUGACUUGGACUCUGCUAACCUGUAUCUAAUCCAAGUCUAAAAAACACAGGACACUGCAGGCCUUCAUGCUCUGCUCUGAUUCACUGCUCGUAUGACUUUGUUUAUAUCUUCUUAGUCAACCCUGGAGAAACACCAUUGUAAACUGGCAAUGGUGCCAAAAACACUGUGCAAAGGCACAAUAAAAAAAAACACAAAAUUGAAAGGAACAUUGAAGCUGCAUCAUUAUAAUCCACCGCACCACUGUCAUAAAACUUGUAAAAAUAAGUUGCUAAAGGAAUACUUCACCCACAAAAUGAUUGUUUAUCAAUUACUCACCACGCUUUAAGAAAACUUCUUGCGUGCCUCCACAAUGAACGAAGGAUCCAGAAAGAGAGAAAAGUCUUGGAAGAAUUGGAGCAAAUGUGUUGUAAAUAGUCAGGUUUGGAAAGCACCGAGCAUACGACUUGAUAAGUGAGACUUCGAUUAUACUGCAUGAGUUGUGUGAGAGUUUGUAAUCGGUUGUGCCGAUAUAGUUUUGCAGUUGUUAAACGUGGCCCCAUUUUACUCCAUUUCAUCAAAAAUGUUCUCAGUUUUUGGAUUCUUUGUUCACUAAAGGCAUGCCAGAAUACAGUUUAAUUCAGAUUCAGCCCAACAUGGGGUGAGUAGUUUUGAUGUACAUAAUCAUUGUGUGGGUGAAGUAUUCCUUUAAAUGCAUAUCAUAUUGCAAUAUUGCCACACAAUAUACAGAACCUUUGUAACCAUAAACUCCAAACAAUGAAUUCCAUUGACAUUGGCUAGCUAGACUUUGAAUUGGUGGAUUCUUUUAACAUAUAUGUAUAAUCAUGUAGAGCUGAUCAUUUAAAGACAUAAUUACAUUUCGGACUCUGUUGACUCAAAACAUGCUUGAAAAUCUCUGAACGUGUGAAUCAGAAUAUCAGAUGUGUCAUCUGAGUUUGGAGAAUUAACACUUGCAGUGUGAACUUUGCCUUCAGUUUACAUGAAAGACAAUGAAUGACCACAAAAUGUAUUGUGGUGUUUGACAUGGAUCUAUGUACUGUAUCUCGCAUUUUCUUUAAUUGGGGAUGAUUAUGCUGUUACAGCUAUUCUAAUGUGUGACUUCAGUAAAUGAUAGGUUACUGGUAACAUUGUUGAAAUUUGGUAUUUAGAGAAAGUGUCACUGUGUCAAACACUGAUGUAAAUGUCAUGUUUCAGUCGUGUCACUCAGCAGUGUCUCCCAGCAGGAGAGGAAACCAGAGUUAAGCUAUAACGAUGCACACCACUAACACUGUAGUAGAAGAGAAGCCGGUCCUCAGUGGUUCAUCUGUUUGUAGCACAGUCAUAAAUAUGUGUGGUGGUGGGUAAUGUUAGAAAAAUAAACACAGUAACUGACAGUUUAGGAUUUUGAGAUUUAUCAGAAAUAUCUAUUGAGAAAUACAGGCAGAAAAAAGUACAUUGCACAAACUGAGAAUCCAAAAUGAUUGUAAGCACUCAAGUUUCUGCUCUGGGUGUCAUUCUUGUCUGACACGAAAUUCCCGGUUGCGUUUACUGUUGUCAGCAAUCCGGGAGAAAACGUGUCAUUGAAGAAAAGCACCGUCACUGUGUAUCAGCAAUCUAAACAUCAGUCAGCAGCAUUAAACAUACUGAUGUUAGUUUCACUUUCUCUCUUUAUUUGAGAGAAACAAAACUGUCGUCCCACCUUGACUCAACCAUAUGACUCAGAAGAGUAUAAGCUCAAUUGGCUUUGUUAUUUGUUUGUGGCUCAGUCAGCUGGGAUGUGUAUUUUUAUUGUAGAUACUUUUAUACUGUUCUAUACUGUUACAGGUGUUUUAAAUUUGUUUUUGCUUUUAAAGAACAAUAAAGUUUUCAACUGAAA